CAUCUUCAUCCCGUGGCCGUCAUCAUUUGCAUUGGUCCCUUCCCUCUCUUCCUCUCUGCCUCUCUAGUCUCUAUAUAACAAGCUGCCCUGCUGCAACAUCUCUCCUCACGUCUCAAACAAAAACAGAGAGAAGACAUCUUAGAGAGAGAGAGAGAGCAGAGAGAAAGAGAGACCUGAAAUUCAGCCCUGAUUCCAUGGAGAGAGUUGCAGCAAGCUGUGUCAGCCUCCUGGCACAAAGGAGGGGCUACUCUGUGGCCGCGGCCAUGGUGAAGGAAGCCGGGCGGAGGGCCGAGGAGAAGGUGGCCAAGCGCGUGAUGGGAAAGGAGGUGAACACCGUGGCCGCCUCGGCGGACGAGAAGACGGCGUGGGUGCCGGACCCGGUGACCGGGUACUACCGCCCGGCGGGCGGCGCCAAGGAGGUGGACCCGGCGGAGCUGCGCGCCAAGCUGCUGACGCAGCCCGCCGCGAGCUGAUUAAUUAAUCAAUCAAUCGAGCUUGUUCGAUCUGCUUCAAGAUACGUGCUCGUCGUUGAUGGCUCUAGGCCUCUCCGGCCUAGAGCAUGAUACGAGAGUGGUGUACUUUUGCGGCCGCAUAUCAUAGCUGCAUCGACGAUGCUGAGCUUAUCAUUUUAUAAAUAUAUAUAUUGGUUACGGUA